AUGAAGCAUCUCUUGCUUCUGGAGCCUGUGAUGGCCCUGUGCGCUUUUUCCUAUUUUCUCAAUGUUCCACUUAUGCAGCAAUAUGUUUACCGGAGACUCUGGGUGCAGAUGACAAACACCACCUAUCUCAUCUCUGACACAUCCAGAUGUACAACAAGCAACAGCUCAAGCAGUUAUGAGGGUGUACAGAAGCAGGCAUCUCUCUUCUCCCUUUACACAGAUGUCCUCUGCACAAUCCCAUCUUUGGUGGUCAUUCUCUUGCUGGUGACCUACAGCGACCGAGCAGGGCGCAAAAUCACAAUCAUCAUGCCUGUGAUUGGCAUGUUGAUCAAUACCUUGGUCUACCUGACUGUAUCCUAUUUUGAGCUCAACAUUUACCUUCUCAUUGGCUCCUCAAUCCUCAGCGCUUUGUGUGGCGGCUUGGGCACAUUUCUGGGUGGCUGUUUUGCCUACAUAGCAGACCUGUGUGACACCCGUCGCCAGAAGACUCUGCACAUGGCUGGAGUAGACAUGAUGAUUGGCGUGUUGGCUGGCGGGGCUUCAAUAUCAACAGGCUACUUCCUGAAAACUGCAGGAUUUAACUGGCCUUUCCUAAUAUCUGCAUUGACACUGUGUUUGAGCCUAAUCUAUGCAGUAUUUGUCCUUGAGGAGACAAUGAAGCCUCCAACCGAUGUCAUUAUUGUGGAUUUGUCACCUCAGCGCUCAGCCAUAAAACAGAUGGUCUGUGGGGUCUACCAGAUGCUUGCAGGGGCUAGUCAUAGUUGUAAAAUUGCUUUGGCCCUCCUCAUUGUCAUCUUUAUCAGCUUUUCCUUUGCAUAUAUUGGUGGGGUCUCUAUGAUAAUGCUGUAUGAGCUCAAUAAGCCCCUGUGCUGGACUGAGAUUUUGAUUGGCUAUGGCUCAGCGCUGUUCACCUCUGUUUUCCUGACUAGCUUUGUGGGAGUGUCCAUACUUACAUGCUGUGGUGUGCCCCAGCUGCUCAUUGUCCUGUUGGGGAUCCUGUCUCUGGCGACAAGCAUGGUGAUGACAGCGUUUGCUAAGACCACUUCACUUAUGUUUAUAGCAAUUGCAUCAAUGCUUCUGUCUAAAAUGCCUUUCCCUGUUCUGCGCUCCAUGAUGUCAGAGAUCAUCUCAAAGUCUGAGCAGGGAGCCCUGUUUGGCUUUAUGUACUUUCUGGAGAUUUUAAGCAACAAUGUAUCGACUGGAGUCUUUAACAGUAUUUAUGCUGCUACGGUGUCAUGGUGCCCUGGCUUUGUGUUCCUGUUGUCUGCAGGACUCUGUGUGAUCCCUUUGUCUGUUAUUGGGGUGGUGGUUCUGAUGACGGUAGAUGUUACCCAAGAAGCCCAAAUGACAAAUCCUUUGAUCUUAGAGGAGGAGAACCCUCUUGAAGGUCCUAGUCAGAAGAGUUCUCCUUAA